UUAACACACGUGCUGUUUUACAAGGUGCAAAGUCCUUGCAUGCAGUACCGUCGAGUCGUCUUGCGCAUGCAUAAUGCACUUUCACAGUUCAAUAAACAAGUCAACAGCAGCAACACCCACCCAGUCAGUCGUCGGCUGUUAAGUUUGUUUUUGUGCUGUAUGAUUGAACUUUGUACGUUUAAAUGGCUGUUUGAGCUAGACCAAAGGGAAGGCCAUUGUACCUUUUGAUGCAUACCAUGAAUAUUGUCAUGCAAUUACAUAUUUUAUGAAUUGACAAUCAAUAAAAAUACAAUAAACAGGAUCACGGGAUGUCGGGGUUCGAUGAAAGCAGCUUCGGCAGCGGGGGCAGCGAGCGAGAGAAGGCCCCUGACACUAGGGCAACUGGAAAGUUUCUGCAGCUUCCACGCGGAGCGCCCACGCCUGGCUCAGCCUCCGCAUCAGCUGUUCCACAGCGGCUCAACAAACCGAAAUUACAUCUCAACAUCAGUCUUGCACAGCAGCAGAACGAGAAAAGUCACAGUGCAGACGAUAUCCACGAAGCUGGGGAUAAACUCAGUACCAUCGUUCCUACUCUUCGAUUUCUAAAUAAAUGGAGGCAGAGCGCGAAAGAUUUUACGUUGUCUCCUAACCCUUCCAGCUCCGGCAGACCGAAGUUGAUGAGCAGCAUGAGUCUAGCCCCGAGCAGCGGCAUGUCUAGCCUGCAGCCUCCGGUGAUUUCUGCCUCGCUGCUAGGUCCAGCUAACCCUAUUUCUACUCCAAAACUUCCCAAUGCUCUCAUUGAGAUGUGUGUGGUCGUGGGGAUGGAUCAUGACACUGGAUUGAAACUUGCCAGGAAGUCGAUGUCUGCAUCUCAGCAUUACAAUUUCCGUAAUGGCGGAGAUGGAAUGCCAAUUUUUUCUAGAGCCUUCGAACCACAAGUCUUGGCCGUCUUGACGCGUCAGAUGGCAGUUUUCCCCCAGAACAAAUCUCUGCUCGGACCCGAUGGGUACGGCGAGUAUGCGUACCCUCGAACCCCUGUGUCUGUGACCACACCCCCUGCGAGGGACCUUGGGUUUCCCAGCGGAUUCCAGCGGCAGAGACGCAUCACCCGGAGGCUGUCCAUCAAGCCGCGUGCACUUCCUCUCUCGUACAAUCAAGAGAUGAUCAAUUCUUUACCUCCACUCUGUUUCCCAGGUGAUGCAAUGGUCAGUAAAGGUCAGCGAGAGGAAUCGUUUCAUUAUCUAGUCUUGACCAGUUUAAGAGGAACCAGAUCGUAUGCAACAUGUCUCACUUUCUAUCGACAGUUUAUAGUUCACAAGUACCCUGAUGAGGAUUUCUACAGCUUGGAACCCAAGACAUCCACCACUGUGCAGAACAAUCAGAAGGAAGGCCAUGAACAGGACAUGUGCUAUGUACCAGCAUGCAUUGUCCUCAUCUCACCAAACCCUUACUUUACAGUCAUGAGGGAAUGUUUGUCAAGUCUGGUCCCAGAUCUGUAUGCCAAGCCUCAGAAGAUGAAUGUGUUACUCAAAGAGUUUACCUUACAACUCCUCAUCAUACCUACACCUCCUGCUGGAAAUCUUUACAUCUCCCUCAUGUUGAAUGAGUUCACCAUCAGCAUCCCUCCUCCAGACGAUCCCGAGAAGCCGGUCGUCAACAUCUCUCUCCAUCUCCCGUUCCUCUGCUUCUCCUUGGACGACAUCCUCAAGAUCAUCUCAGCCAUCCUGACCCAGCAGAGGCUCAUCUUCCUCUCACAUGAUUACUCUCUCUUGGUCCCAAUUAUUGAGUGUUUCUUCUCCUACAUCCUGCCCUUCAAGUGGCCGUUUGUCUACGUUCCGGUGGUCUGCACUCAGCUUCUUGACCUGCUCGAGGCUCCAGGGUGCUUCAUCAUGGGCUGCCAUAGCUCACAUAGAAGCAGGAUACAGCAGAUUGAAGGACUUGUUAUAGCUGACAUAGAGAAAGGCACUCUUCAUGAAUGUCCUACAUUGUCUGUUCCAAGUCUGCCUAAAGCACCUGCAGAAGGGUUCAAAAAGCAGUUCUACCAUGCACGCGUGAAGUACUACGAGCUCUCCACACUGGGUCGGACUGUCCCUGCCACGCUGGAGAUGGAGAGAGCAAGACGACAGAAGAUAGACAGACAGUUUCAGCAGGAGAUCCUUGAUAGCUUUCUGGAGAUGUUUGUCCACAUAUUCAGGGAGCUUCCAGAGUUCAUGAGCAUGGAUCAGCGAUGGUUCAAACUGGAGGAGUUUGUUUCCUCCCGGGCGGAGGAAGAGAAGGACUUCUAUGCCGAGAUGGUCCACUCCCACAUGUUCAAGCCGUUCCGGGAGGACCGUCUGGACCAGAAGAAGGACUACUACGCCCAGAUGGAGAAGAAAAUUCGUCCACCGAGUCUCAACGUGUCCAGCGUUGUGGACCAGGGCAGACUUCGUAAGCAGCAGAGUACAGGACAGGCUAUGCCUGAUUUGAGACGACGCAGAGUAUCCGAUGGAAGGAGUUUCAGCGACACAGGUCAAAGUUCAUCUGAUCAGACUGCGCAGUUCAUGCUGCCUCUCUUUCAUAUCCCAUACACUUCAGCCCAACAUUUCUUCACCAAAUGUAUUGAGCAGCUGGACCAUUCCAUUGAGAGCUGUAGACAGCCAGCUCUCAAGGCUUCCUACCUGUAUCUAAGAGGGAUGUUCCAUGUAGCAUGUAACUGCCCUCUCGAUGCACUAGAUGACUUCCAUAAUCUACACAAAGCAGACCUGUCUAUCCUACCUACUAACCUGAUCACUGAGCUGAUGAACAACUUGAGUGCAGAAGACAAGGAUCUCCUCCACAGAAGAGAAUUCUACAAGAGAGGUGAGAUCCUACGGAAGAUCAGCGAGCGCCGUGCCGCACCUCAGAUCACUGCCAUGCCCAGUAUCCAACCGGAUGACCUGCCUGAAAAAGGAGAACUAGGUUUGAGGGAGUUUAUCCACUGGAUGCAGUACUUAGAGAUAGCCAUUGAUGUAGAUGUGAUUGACAGGCUGUUCAAUGCUUUAUCAGCAGGAUCCAACUUCCUUGAUGCAGAGACUUUCAUCUAUUUCUACGAGGCAUGGAAGGAAGGACUAGAGGAGACAAAGUCCAUACCACUGAGUAUCUACAAGGAAUACUUGGAGAGCACUGAGAGUGUUCUCAAGAUGUCUUCCUUAAUCAGAACAGAUCAUGGCAUGGGAAGAUUGGUCUUGACUGAGAAGAGGCUCUUCUACAUGGGCGAAGGCAGCAAUAUCUACAAAGAGAUUGUGAGAGCCAGAGACAUAGAGAAGUUGGAGAAGUUUGAAUACUUCAACAUCCUCCUCAGCUGCCAAGCCCUUAGGAUAUACAGCACCAAGCCCAAUACCAGUCCAUACGUUGCCAAUUUGAAGGCAGAGCGUAACAGUUGGUUCACACUGAUCACUGAGCUGUGGGCCGGGCGUGUCAUUGCCGAUGCUCAGAAAGAUCCUCAGGUAGUGCAGCAAGCCGCAAGGAAUGUGAAGCUGAUAGACUCGGUCAUACGGAGUGCAGAGAAUGAGGAUGCAACUCACGCAAAGCAUCUUGAUAGUGCAGUAUGGCAUCUGUGUCACUUCUCACGGUUGAGAGAGGAGGGCAUGGGACGGGUUCCACCAGAGACAAGCUCAGCUUUGGUUCACAAGUUUAACCCAUCCAGUAACGAGGCACAGAGGACUACAGUGGAGGCUAUGGUCUACACACCGGGCACCUCUGUCUUUUCAGACCGAAGUAUGAGCGAGGAGGAGGCCACGCCCAAACUCUGGUGCGCCAUGGGGUCAGGCAAGGUCAAGGUCUUCGACGGGAGCAACUUCGUGCUGGAGGCGGAAUUUGCCGACGCCAAGGACAGAGUGUGCUGCCUGCUGUCUGUGAGAGGAGAGCAGGUAUGGGCGGGGUCGUUCGAUACAACCAUCUACAUCAUUGACAUACCCAGCUGCCUGUCAAACAAACAGCUUGUAGAACAUAACGACAUUGUCUCUGACAUGACCAUAUCAGAAGAUGGCAAGAUUGCCUUCACAUGCAGCUUGAAUGGGCAGAUCUUUGGUUGGGACACGCAGAGCUUGUCACAGAAACAUCAGAUACAGCUGAAGAAUACCAAGACGCUCGUCUCAAUGAGAUGGUACAAUGACAAGUUAUGGUGCUGUACCAAGACUGAUAUCAAAGUCAUAGGCCUGGAUGGUAGUGAGCUGAGCAGCCUCCAGCAUCUUGACAAAGAUGGGGGUCCAUCCCUCAUUGAGUCGUUCCUUCUUCUAGGGAACAGGAUCUGGACAGGUUGUGGUAGGAGAGGAGAGGUAGCCUGCUGGAAUGUGAACACCUUCAAACAAGAGAAGCUUCUUACCAUAUCAUGCCGGGGUAUCAGCAAGCUUGUUGCCGUAGGAACCAGGAUAUGGGCUGGUAGCAAACAAGGCAAGAUUCACCUCUUCGAUGCCAACACCUGUGAGUACGAGAAGGAGCUCGAGGCUCAUGAAGAUGCUAUCAGGUCCAUGUGCCAGGCAGAGUUACGUUACGUCAUCACCGGGGCAGGCAGCAAGGAUGGAAAGGUCGCCCUCUGGAGGGCAAACUUUGUGGCAAACUAAAGGAGUGUAGCUUGGCAAAUACUGGUUAACGCCAUCUACGACUUCUUUUGGACAACUGCACGUAAACGAAGAGACUUCAUUAGCGGUAGUCAACGACUUAAUCUCUACAUGGUCAGCGCGCGCUAGCGUUUGCGAAACAGACCGAAUUUCGCGUAUGUUGCAUGCACAUGAUUACUGCGGUUGCGUUGUCCAGAGAAGUAUUAUACCUGAUUGGCCCCAAGUCAGGCCAAGUCAAAUUUCAUAACUUCAACUUCAACCUAAUCUUAAACCUAAAAUCCAACUGUAAUCCUAGUCCUAACCAUAAAAACUUUGAUGAAAUAAGUCCUGGAGGAGCACAUUAAUGCUUCUCGUGUAGAUGAACAGCUUGAAGAUGGAAAAUAUCUGUCUUGAAUAUAUUUAGAACAAGUCAACAAAGAAAUUGAGCUUCUUGAAAUUUAAUAAUGUUAUGAACUGAAAUAUAGAGUUACAAGUAGGGAUUGUUUACUUUUUUUGGUUGAAGUUUUCUACAGGGAAAUGAAAGCUGCGCAAAGUUGUCAAUAUUUAUUGGUUAUUCUUGUUUAAAACACCUUGGGAGGAGCUACUCUUAUCCUUCAAUGUGCAAUAAAGAUCCCUAUGAUUUAAACGUAAAAUCACAAAUCAGUUAUUCAGUGCUGUAUUAUAAAGAGAUAUAUAUACAUGUCAAUUUCUUUAAACUUUAAAUUUGUCCUUUAAUACAAAAAAGACAAAUUUUCACAUGUUUCCAACAUAUGUCUGAUUUUAUUCUUGUACUUCUGAUGUAAAUUUUAGCUCAGACUUUGUAAAGGCUUAUUCAGAUAUGUACCAGUACAUAAACAUGUGCCUGCACAUCUUAUUUUUUAGAAAGUCAGUCAGUAUUUUCAUUUCCUUUUUCCUCUGCACGUAUAUGAAAAUGAAAAAAAUCAUUUUAAUACCUUUUUAUCAUAGAAGAUUAGAAAACAAAGAUAUCAAGAAUAUACUUUCAUCUGGAACCAAUAGUAAGUGCAGAACCAAUACGUUUCUCAUAAUUCCAAUAUACAAUGUGUUUUUUUUACAUUGAAAUGAAGAUGCAAUCAAUUUAGUGUCCUUUGUUAAUGAGCCAAUUGUCAACAGUGCCCAAAUUGCAGACUGUUGAAUGUUCUCAGAAGAACAUAGAUUCUUUUUAUUUUUAAUGCAUUGUAACUUCAAAUUUUAUGCCAAUAUAAUUUUUUCAAAAAUGAUCUGUGUUCUGGACCUGUUAAGAGUUCAUAGUGAAAUGUAAUUUAUAUUAAGUAAUGUAUUAUGUGCUAUGUCUAUGUGUAAAUAUGUCAGUGCAUUAUGUAGAUACACUUGUCGUACUUAAUGUUUCAAUAGUCCAGCUAUAUAUGUAUAUACAUAUCAACCACAGCUGCUUUUCAUAUAUCGUAUACUUCCAUUUUUGAUUUGCUUCCACAGAUAUGUCUUUCUUGAAAAUAUGCCAAAUUACAUGUACAAUUAUUUCCAUAAUAAAGACGCCUAGUAGUCAGGUUUUCGUUGGGAAUUUGACACCAUUCUGAUGUUUACCCAAUAACCGGUGUUGUCAUUCACUUUUACGAGAGACAUGUCUUGUGUAAUGCACUGUGCUCUAGCCUACCACCAUAUGGAAUUCUCAUCAUGUACAGUGCAAAUAUUUGUAAUAGCUGAUGGCACUUGACAAACUAGACGUAUGCAUUAAAUUUGGUUACAUUUCAAAAAUUACCAAUUGGAAUUGCCCUAUUGGUACAUAAUCUGGUGAUGCAUUUGUUAUUCAGGAUAGUGCUUACAUAUAGUUUCUGGUGUCUAGUGUCUAUGUAUAAACUGUCCUUGUACAGUUAUAGCGUCAAUAUGAAGUGUUUUGUCAACCCUCCUGUUUGAUGUUCUCGAUUAGUUACA